AUGGAGAUCCCACGAGAGUACACCCACGGUCAUGCGGAGUACACCCACGGUCAUGCGGAGUACACCCACGGUCAUGCGGACUACACCCACGGCCAUGCGGAGUACACCCACGGUCAUGCGGAGUACACUCACGGCCAUGCGGAGUACACCCACGGUCAUGCGGAGUACACCCACGGUCAUGCGGAGUACACCCACGGUCAUGCAGAGUACACCCACGUGCCCCCUAGUGGCGUGUCCAUCAUGAAUCAUCCGGUGAUGCUGAGGUGUCGGUGGAGAGUACACCCACGGUCAUGCGAAGUACACCCACGGCCAUGCAGAGAACACCCACGGCCAUGCAGAGUACACCCACAGCAAUGCGAGUACACCCACAGCAAUGCGGAGUACACCCACAGCAAUGCGGAGUACACCCACAGCAAUGCGGAGUACACCCACAGACAUGCGGAGUACACCCACAGCAAUGCGGAGUACACCCACAGCAAUGCGGAGUACACCCACAGACAUGCGGAGUACACCCACGGCCAUGCUGAGGUGUCGGUGGUGAGCGGUGACCCUGGCCAGGCUGAGGAUGAAGGGGAGGAGGGGGCUGCUGGUCAAACAGGACAUCCUGAUAGAGAGUCACCCCAACAGGACGCUCAGUGUGAAACCCCCCCCAGCCUCCGUAUGGACCAGCUGCACUGGCAGUGUGUGGUGUUCAGAGGGCUUGUUCAGAGCGACAGCCUCCCUGACCUCACAAUGCCCACACAGACAACAGUGUCUUCAAUGACAGAACCACCUGUUCACACCCCCAUCACCAACAUCCACAACAUCCCCGCUGGCCAGAACCACCUGUUCACACCCCCAUCACCAACAUCCACAACAUCCCCGCUGGCCAGAACCACCUGUUCACACCCCCAUCACCAACAUCCACAACAUCACCGCUGGCCAGAACCACCUGUUCACACCCCCAUCACCAACAUCCACAACAUCCCCGCUGGCCAGAACCACCUGUUCACACCCCCAUCACCAACAUCCACAACAUCACCGCUGGCCAGAACCACCUGUUCACACCCCCAUCACCAACAUCCACAACAUCACCGCUGGCCAGAACCACCUGUUCACACCCCCAUCACCAACAUCCACAACAUCACCGCUGGCCAGAACCACCUGUUCACACCCCCAUCACCAACAUCCACAACAUCACCGCUGGCCAGAACCACCUGUUCACACCCCCAUCACCAACAUCCACAACAUCACCGCUGCUCAGAACCACCUGUUCACACCCCCAUCACCAACAUCCACAACAUCACCGCUGUCCAGAACCACCUGUUCACACCCCCAUCACCAACAUCCACAACAUCCCCGCUGCCCAGAACCACCUGUUCACACCCCCAUCACCAACAUCCACAACAUCACCGCUGGCCAGAACCACCUGUUCACACCCCCAUCACUGACAUCCACAACAUCACCGCUGUCCAGAACCACCUGUUCACACCCCCAUCACCAACAUCCACAACAUCCCCGCUGCCCAGAACCACCUGUUCACACCCCCAUCACCAACAUCCACAACAUCACCGCUGGCCAGAACCACCUGUUCACACCCCCAUCACCAACAUCCACAACAUCACCGCUGUCCAGAACCACCUGUUCACACCCCCAUCACCAACAUCCACAACAUCACCGCUGGCCAGAACCACCUGUUCACACCCCCAUCACCAACAUCCACAACAUCACCGCUGUCCAGAACCACCUGUUCACACCCCCAUCACCAACAUCCACAACAUCACCGCUGGCCAGAACCACCUGUUCACACCCCCAUCACCAACAUCCACAACAUCACGCCCACACACUUUUAACAUUUAG